AUGGCCUGUCUUAUUCGGAUGUCUGCGGUGUGUCCCAAGGAGUCUGGUGCGUCACCACAUAGGAUGAACGGCGCCGCAGAUGGUAAAAACGGUGAUGGCUUCAGCUUGCAGCGAAGACAACUUUUUCCUGGAGGAGGGACCAAUAAACGCGUGGAACAUCCAUCGACAGUGUUUCAAAUGCGAAUCAGAGAGCCCGGCUUUACGCUAUCAGCGACAUUGACCGAUUGCUACGGAGCGCUAGCUCGGCGCUUUCCUCAAUGUCCCUUUCUUAAUUCAUGA